AUGGGGUACAGGCUACUGCACGGGCCUCGCGACGGACAAGGGUCCUUCCACGCGAGGCUGUCGCAACCUUCCCACUUUCCCAUCCCAUCACGACGACGUACGCCAGAUCGCAUCUCGACAUUGUUUCUUUCCAGUUGCACCUGUUCGAUUCCGGACCAUGCGACCGGCUUCUUCUUUAUCACUUCCAUCUUAGUUCUUUUUCUCUUCCACCUGACUUGGCCCGACGGCGCUGGUUUCUUUGCUUGCGCGCUUCCUACGUCCGAACGCCCUCCCGACCAGCUUUCGCACAGCGCCUCGAUCCUUCACUCGGCUCUCGAAGUAACAUGUCUUGAGGCUCGGCCUAGGUCUGAGGACACAGAAAAAAUGGUCAACAGCCAAGGGACCUUCCAGAAUGGUCCGCCGAACGGCGGCUAUAUGCAGCCGCAAGUUGCGGACCAGCGUUCCAUGGCGCGGCCGUUUACACUCCCCGAGGCGUUACCUUACUCUCCCCAGACCUCCGUCAUUCCGUUUACUCCAGACCUCAUCCCCGAACCGACUCUCGGCUCUGGCUCGCUUGCUUCGAGCAUUUCACACAUGUUCAACAGCCAGGAAUACGACAGUCUCAAUAAGGAAGCUACCGGACAGAACCAGAACCAUGGGUUGAAGCACCUCAAGUACGCCGUUGACCAUGUUCUCCACGAUCUGAAGCCCAACCAGCGGACAUAUUUCAAAUUCAAGACCGUCCCCAAGCCGAAUACCAACAUUCCGUCGAGUUCUGUUGGCUCUCCACAAAGCCUCAGCGCCGGUCUUUCGCCAGUGGCCAAGAUGGUGUUUGAUAGGGCACCAACAUUCAUCAAACCGCUCACUGGUACAUCUGGCCCUUCCUCAGUCAACGGACAAGUUGCCCACCAGCCGCCUCAGCCUCCGUCGACACCCAAAAGUGCGCCACCGCCACUCAAGCAAUCCUCGGCGAGUGCAGAAGCCCAUCGAGGAAGCAACUUCCGUUUCGAGGUUGCAAUCCCUUCCAAAAAAUUCGAUCCCAAAGCCUACGUGGAUGUCCCCGACCAAGCCGUCCCGCUGCCGGCGACCGUCAAUCCCUCCGAUGUGACUCGGGUCCCUACACCAACCCAAGUUAACCUGAAGCAGGAGACGCCUCCCCCUCUGCCUCAACAUCAAUCUGAACCUCUGGCGCAAUCUGAUACCACUCAGCCCAGUUCUGCUGGACUCACUUCUAUGCCACCUCCCAAAUCUCAAACGCCGGGAGGAUCUGAUGUCCAAAAGACGUCCUUCGCCAUUGAGUUGCCGCGUGCUCCGGGGUUCAAUAAGGAAGAAUAUCUCGAGAUGGCGGUACCCGACUCCCCCGAUGAGCCUCUAGGACUGUCUAUGCGCAGACAGGACGGCGCCUACCAAAGCCGACAGGAUGAUAUUAGCACAAACCUCAACCAACGUCAGCGGGCCGAAACAGCACUGCAGGACCUCGAACGGUUAAUCAAGGCCGUUUUCGAUUCCAUUAGAAAUGUGCUCGGGAACGAACCUGGCCAUGAGCAGGUCGCCACUUUGAACAGCGAUAACGAGGCUAUCUUGACAGGGUCAACACAGCAGAAGCUACAGACAGCUAUCGCCAAGGCGAUCGAUCUGGGAAGCUACGAUCAAGCAUCCAUCGAGGACCUUCAGUACAUCCAGAAACUGAGCGAAGCGGGGCUGACGCAUACCCUCAACCUUGACUUCAGAAUCGAGGAGUCUUGGGGCGAGUCGGAUGUCACGAGCUGGCUGAGUCAACUGCCGGACAUUGAGAUGGGUCUCAAGACAGCCCGUACGUGCCUUCGCAUAAUGUGUGGCGGCAGAGAGGAGAAGCAGAUCUACUCGGAGGAGAUCAUCCAGAAGUCGACCGAUGUUUUCAAGGGUGUUGUUGAGGGCAUCGUCAUUCCCGUCGUUGAGAUGAGAGGCAGUGGCUCAUCGUCUGCCCUCUUCAAACUGUUGCAGCCCCAUAAAAAGGCGAUCGGCCCGGUCCUUACGAACUGCCAGAAGCUGUUCGCGCUCCUCGCCAAACUCGUCACAAGUAUUGAGCUUUCAGACACCGCUCUUGGCACUCUGGAAUUUGCUGCAUCGAGUCUCCUCUUCGUGGACAACGCAUACCUGGAGAAAGACUCUGUUGUCGGAGUACAGAGGUUCGAUGGCAUUCGCCUUACUGCAAUGGAGAUGCUCUGCCAAAUCUUCCUCGCAAAGCCUGAGCAACGUCGCGGCAUCUUUGACGACAUUUUGACUUCACUGGAAAAGCUCCCCGUCGGAAAGCAGAGCGCGCGCCAGUUCCGCUUGUCAAAUGGCGGGAGCAUCCAGCCAGUGUCGGCGCUCAUUAUGCGUCUUGUCCAAGCUAGCUCUGGCAAGGUCGACGAGAAGGGCACGCGCAGUCGAUUGGCGAUGAUGGCGGACGACGAUGCCGACGGGGACGAGGAGAUGACACAGCCUGGAAAACAAGCCGUGGCUGCAACAAUCAAGUCGGAGGAAGCGGGUGCCUCGCAAUAUCAGCUUGCCCUGGAAGAACUGAAGGCUGUAGCUCUGCCCUUGACAGAGGCCUCAACCCACAACGCCAACUACGUUGUUAACUUCAUGGUCAAUCGCGCUCUCAAGUCUACCAAGUCCGGCGAUACACCCUACCGCAACCUGCUCGACCUGUUCGUCGAAGACUUUACUGAAUGUCUUGACUCUCCCGACUGGCCGUCCGCCGAGCUCAUCCUGCGGCAAAUGACCUUCUACAUGAUGAAACUCUGGGAGGGAGACAGAACCGCGGCACCUGCCAAGAACAUGGCCCUAGAACUUCUCGGUGUUAUGAGCGCUGCGGUCUCCAAACUGCGGUCACAUGUCCGCAAGAUCACCUACUCGAUGGAGGGCAGCGAUUCUAAUGAACUUUCUCGCUACCUCUCGGACUUGGCUACCUCCGCUUUGGAGCAAAAGACCCGAAUCGAGCACGAUGUUUCGUGGUCUGGGCCGUAUCGAACGGCACUGGAGCAUCUGCAACGGCGUUCUGGCGAAGAUCCUCACUUGCAGGGCGCAAUUUCGUUUCUGAUUGCAGACUGGGCUCAUAGAAUCUUUUCUGGAUACGACGCCAUGCAGGAAACCCACGAUUCUCUUGACCAGGAGUUUGGACGCCUGGCCUUUCGGCUUCGAAUGAUGAUCGAGGACCGUCGGUGGCUCUCCAACGAAUACACUUUCAAAGACGUCACCAACAACCACGCAAAGCUGGCCCACUCAAUCAUCCUCCUGCGCUCACCGUUCUGCGAGCACUUUCAGACCAUGCUCAACGUCCUCCUCAACGCCAUGGCUAGUGAUCAGGCGACCGUCCGCAGCAAGAGUCUCAAGAGCAUCAACCAACUUCUGGAAACGGAUCCCGCCAUCUUGGACGGUGACUCUGUGGUUGUCCGUCUCAUCAUUACCUGCUCGAGUGAUUCUUCGCCGCAAGUGCGUGACUCUGCCAUUGGUUUGAUGGGAAAGUGCAUUGGAUUGCGCCCGAGACUUGAGGACAAGAUGGCGGAGAGGAUCAUUGAAAGAUUUAUCGACUCUGGCAUCGGCGUGCGCAAGAGGGCGAUGAAGCUGGCUCGAGACAUUUAUCUGCGCAACCAGAGUCGGGAGAUCCGCAGCGCCAUCGCAAACGGCUUGCUGCAUCGGGUGCAAGACCCGGACGAAGGUGUGCGGGAACUGGCUCGCCAGAUGAUUGAAGAGGUCUGGUUUGCUCCGUUCUAUCAAGUCGAUGAUACAGCGGCCUUCAAAACAUCCUUGACCGACCACGUCGCGCUCAUGAUUCAGACGGUUAAGUCCGGAAAUGUGGGCGCUGUCCUCGACAAAGUGCUCCAGUCCAUCCUGGGAGGACAGAACAAGGCCCACAACGGGCCUUUCGGCGUUAGCAUGAAGCUGGUUGAGAAGAUGUUCGAGCUCAUCGACAACCUGGACUCAGACGACCCUGCGAUUCCUUCCGGACGAGAUGCACUGCAAGUUCUGCAGAUUUUUGCCAAGGCCGACCCGAAGCUCUUCACCUUUGAGGAGAUCAGACUCCUCAAGCCUCACCUUGGUAGCAUCAGUGGCGCUGAUGACCUGGCUGUCUUCAAAGCCGUCACCGUUAUUUACCGCCAGGUUUUGCCGCAACUCUCGAACAAGUACGCUGAUUUCCUUCGCGAAGUAAGAGAGCAGCUGCAAAACUCGGUUGGCAGGCUCAGCAAGAACCUACUGGACGAUGUUGUGGCCUGUCUGUGGAUCAUCGCCGAUCUAUUGGAUAAUCGCGACAAGCUGGCAUAUUUGGGCGCAUCCAGCUUACGCGGAGUUGCCAGCAUGCGAAACACGCAAAUGGAUGCCACCAAGCUCAUGAAGUUUGCCAGAUAUUCGACGAUUGUCGGAAUGGUUGGUAAGCACUGCGAUCUCGAUUCCGAGAUUGACGUUUUCAAGAAGAUCUUCCCCAAGUAUUCCGGCACAUCGGUUGCAAAGCUCAUGGUUGACAAUCUGUCGCCUUGGGCCGAUGCAUCGCAGCUCAUGGAGGCUCGCAAGCAUGCGCUUGAUGCUAUCGGCCUCAUAUGCCAGGCCCAUCCCCGAAACUACGUCUCGCCGAAUGUCUACACCAAAUUCCAGCAAGUAUUCGAGGCUAGAGUUCCAGCACUGGAGAGCACCAUCCUCCGGUCGUUUAAGGAAUUUCUAGUCACAGAAGAGAAGCGGUCGGAGGCUGCUACAGCCGCCGCCGUCGCUGGCCCCGAGGGAGACAAGAAGCGCGAGUUGACUGUCAUGGGUGGAACCAACUACGACGACGUGGCGAGCGCCACCACCCAGCGUUUCCUCAAAGAGAUCACUCGGAUCGCCUUAUCAUCGCAGGAUGAGCACGCCUUCCUUGCUGUUGAGGUUCUUGGCAGCAUCAACCGCCAGGGCCUCGUUCAUCCCAAAGAAACAGGUGUGACCCUGAUCACCCUGGAGACUUCAUCGAUGACCAAGAUAUCCGAGGUCGCUUUCAUGGAGCAUCGAGCGCUGCAUGAGAAACACGAAACCGUUAUUGAGCGAGAAUAUGUCAGGGCCAUCCAAGCUGCAUAUGAAUAUCAGCGGGACAUUGUCAAAGACACUCGCGGCGCAACCACAAACCCUUUCCAGUCGAAACUUCAUCUUUUGAUGGAGGUGCUCAAGGUGAGCAAGUCCAAAAACCGACAGAAGUUCCUUGAGAAACUGGUUUUCCAGGUCGACUUCGACUCUGCCAAGCUCGACGUCUCCGCAGCCUUUCCCCCGCAUGUCGAAUACGCACGGUUCAUGAUUGAGAACCUGGCUUACUUCGAAUAUGUGACGGUCGGAGAGGUUUUGGUUACGGUCCAUGCAAUGGAAAAGCUGUUCUCGACAACCGGACCCAGCAUGGCGCACGUGAUCGAGUCCGACAUAUUCAACGUCCGCAUGGACAUGGACAAACCAGAUGAUCUGCAGGGUGAUGGACAGCCGACGCAACCCCAGCUGACCAUCCCUCCCAAGAGGCUUCGCCAGCUCACGUCUGGAUCCAUCAUACUUCUUUGCCUCUGGGAAGCCAGGACCUAUCUUCGGCGCCUCUACGGCUUGGGAAGCAAGCGUGAGACAAAGACAAAGCUCGCGGCGAAAGACCUGAGCAAGGCUCCGACCAAGGUCCAAGGCGUGACAGGAGACAAGUUUUGGGAGGAGGUCAACUCGCACAUGAAUGGGCUGACGUCGCAAGAGGCUACUUUGGAGAAGUGCAAAACAUUCGUGGAGUUGAUGAACGUCGACAAAGAGUUCAAGGUGGCUGACGAAGAGGACCUCGACGGCGAAGAUGCCGGUACGCCCAGCGAGGGCGAGGACGACGGCCUCGCAGCCGACGGCAGAGGUCGGAAGAGGAAAGCUGGCUCAUUGCCCGGAAACCGCAAGAAGCGCGCCCGCUCCUCAUCUCGACCGAGACCCCGCGGCCGACCACGCAAGAAUCCAAACCCGGCCGAGGUCGAGGACGAUGCGGAUGGUGACUUUGAUGACAUGGAUUUUGUCUGAGCGCUCAGACGCCACAUCAGCAAGCUUUCUUUUCUUACUCGAACAUUUUCCGAUUUGACAACGGACGCGAUUGCACUGGCGACUUUAGAAACGAGGGCAGUAAAGAGUGCACAUACAUAUCCUUCUGCACUCGACCAGUCUGCCUCCCCCAUUGUACAUGUGCACCACCACAAUCGUCAUCAUUGCGCCGCAGACAUACAUGGCAUCGAUGGUACAAUGGUUUGCAUCAAGAACAGGAAGAGAAAUGGGGAUCGAGAAAUGUUGCACCUGGCCGUGCUUGGCGUUCCUGCACACCACACAUGAUUUUUAAGAGUUUUUUCUUCACUUUUCUCGCCAGGCAAAGGCGAGGAUUCGAAACCAAAAAAAGGGGCGUUCUGUGUUCACGAGCGGGGAAUGAGAAGGCGUGGGUGGUUUUGUGGCCAAAGAUGUGCCCCCUUUCAUGAAACGAUGGGAUUGUUUCGUCUUCAAUCAUCAUCGUCAUUUUUGUGCUUUUUGGAAUGAUACCUACUUCCCCCGCCACCGCCUAGCUAGGCUGUGAGGGGCCGCAAGUUAACUUGAGAUAUGCAGUCAAUACUAAGACGAUAGAAUAUGGCAGCUGUGUGUGCUUAGGGAGUGAGUGAUGCGAAUGAAGCUAUCAUUAAUAUGGGGUGUUGCUUUGGUCAGGGCGGCCCUUACCCCCCAUCCAUCACAGGUCCCAUUAUGAUGGCCCGGUUCUCCCACCGUCGAGAGCCACACCAUCCGGAUAGCCGGCCAUCUGAGUAGGUAAUCAUCAUGUCACUGUGCGCAGUCCCUCUGCAAAUCUUCGACGCGGCCAAGAACCAAAGCCGGUUCCUCCUACGUCGGGGCCCCUAACCGCUCCUAACGAUGGCAAGCAAGUACGGCAGCACUGGAAGUACGGAGCAUCGUAGCCCGCGUGCCAUCUCAUCACAUAAUAUCAGUAAGCUCUCCAAAUGUCAUCAACCAAGUCAUACCAGGAAAUGCCCUUUCCCUAUUAUUCCGUAUACGUUCCUAGCUAGAAACGGACCUACAGCCCCUCGACAUGACGCCUCUUCAUCCCCGUUUCCCUUUCAAAGGGUGGCCAUGCGUGACAAAACCCAUCCGUCUAAGACCCAUGCCCUCCCAAAACGCCAACGGAGACCCCAUGUUGUGUGUAUGGGCCGUCUCUUACGCCGUUGAUUUUAACCGCAGGCCAAUACGCUCUUUCAACAAGCCAAAAUGCCUUUCCUCUACUUUGGGGUAUCUCAAUUCGGUUUAUCUGUCUUUGAACCAAGGAAAAUGUUUCGUUUUUGGUGGUGAUACAUGGACCAUCAGGUCUAUGGCCCCUGCUGCAUGUCAUUACAUCGUAAAGCCAACGCGAAGUGCAGCUAGUAUAGAUGACCGUAGACUGCUUUUC